CAUAUUUACACUUGACAGUCUAUAGUAUAUGGUGUAAAUAGAGAGCUUCAUCAAAUGCAACCAUCACUUACGUGCAAAUUUGUGUGAUAACUCCCGUUGGAUUUUGAUUAUAUAGCAAUUGCAUUUUGAUAUGAAAUUCUGUUCAUAGAAUUGGUGGCGAGAUUCAGCUGAAUGGGAAAGACAAUUCAGGUGUUUGGUUUUCCUUAUGUUGUGGCUGCAGAAAGAGUCAAAGAGUUUUUGGAAGGAAUUACAGGUCAUGGUACAGUGUAUGCUUUAGAGGUUAAGCAGUCCAAAGGGGGGCACAGAGCAUAUGCUAAAGUCCAAUUUGCAAGUAAUAGAAGUGCCGAAUACAUUAUCUCCUUGGCAAAACAACACCUUUAUUAUGGUUCUUCAUAUUUGAGGGCUUGGGAUUCAGACAUUGAUUUGGUUCCAAGGCCUAGAAGCUACGAGCAUAACAUGGAGCACAUAGUUUUGAAUUUUGGAUGUCAGGUGUCGGCGAAUAAGUUUUCAGUGCUAUGGAAUAAGGCAAAUGUUUCUGUCAGAUUUGGGAUUGGAAUGAAGAAAAUGUACUUCAUUCUGUGGUUUAGCUCUGUUGACUACAAGCUUGAAUUAUCUUGUGAAAACUUAUGGCAGAUCGUACUGCAUGAACCUCGUGGUCAAGCAGCAAAGUUUCUCCUCAUACAGUUAUUUGGUGCUCCUCGGGUUUUCAAAAAGCUUGAAGCAUCUACUUUUAGCUACUUUAAGGAAACUCCGGAUGACCAAUGGGUCAGGACAACAGAUUUCACUUCAUCCUGUAUUGGGCAAUCGUCUGGUAUAUGUUUGGAGCUUCCGCGUGGUAUUCAACUUCCUAAUUUCAGUGACUAUUUCGCUUGGUACAAAGAAAGUGACAGCCAGUUUAUGCUGGAAACUGCUUCCCCUUAUUCACACAAUUUGGUUUUAGCUCCUAUUCUGCGUCCUCCUCAAGGACCAUAUGUGCCGUACGGAAUCUUGUUCAAGGUCUGUUGUUUAGUGCAGACUGGAUGUCUUCCAGGGCCAUCACUAGAUGGUAAUUUUUUUAGGUUGGUUGAUCCACGAAGAAUAAAGACUAGAUACAUAGAACAUGCCUUGGAGAAUCUAUACAUGUUGAAAGAGUGCUGCUAUGAGCCUGUGCAGUGGCUCAAAGAGCAGUACGAUAAGUAUGACAAGCUUCGGCAACUCCCGAAAUCACCUACUCUUUCUUUAGAUAAUGGGUUGGUAUAUGUACGGAGGGUUCAAGUUACACCAUGCAAAGUAUAUUUCUGUGGUCCAGAGGUCAAUGUAUCUAAUCGUGUAUUGCGCAACUUUUCAGAGGACAUAGACAAUUUUCUUCGUGUUUCCUUUAUUGAUGAAGAGUGGAACAAAAUGUUUUCUACAGACUUGUCGCCUCGUAUUGCUGCAAAUGAGAAUGGAAGAACCGAAAUUUAUGAGAGAAUACUGUCAACAUUGAAAAAUGGCAUAGUAAUUGGGGAUAAGAAGUUUGAGUUUCUUGCUUUUUCUUCAAGUCAAUUAAGGGAUAAUUCAGUGUGGAUGUUUGCUUCAAGGCCCGGGCUUACUGCUGCUGAUAUAAGAACAUGGAUGGGCGAUUUUAGUAGGAUAAGAAAUGUGGCAAAAUAUGCUGCCAGGCUCGGUCAAUCUUUCAGUUCCUCCACAGAAACACUAAAUGUUGGUAGGCAUGAGAUUGAAAUGAUUCCUGAUAUAGAGGUAAGAGGUGCUUACCUUGGUGCAUUAAAGUUUGUCUUUUCUGAUGGCAUUGGGAAAAUCUCCUAUGAAUUUGCAAGGCAAGUUGCCAUGAAAUGUGGUCUUAGAAGUUUUAGUCCAUCUGCAUUUCAAAUUCGAUAUGGUGGCUUUAAAGGUGUUGUGGCUGUUGAUCCUACUUCAUCGAAGAAAUUGUCGCUGAGACAAAGUAUGAUGAAAUAUGACUGUGAUAAUACCAAGUUAGAUGUUUUAGCAUGGAGUAAAUAUCAACCUUGUUUCCUAAAUCGCCAAUUAAUCACUCUUUUGUCUACCUUGGGGGUCAAUGAUGUUGUCUUUGAAAAGAAGCAAAGAGAAGCAGUUGCCCAGUUGGAUACUAUUCUAACUGAUCCAUUGAGGGCACACGAGGCUUUAGAAUUGAUGGCUCCUGGAGAGAAUACGAAUGUUCUCAAGGAGAUGCUUAUAUGUGGGUAUAAGCCUGAUUCUGAACCAUUUCUUUCAAUGAUGCUGCAAACUUUCCGGGCGUCAAAGUUGCUGGACUUGCGAACUAAAACAAGGAUAUUUAUACCAAGUGGAAGAUCAAUGAUGGGAUGUCUGGAUGAAACCAGAACCUUGGAAUACGGCCAGGUCUUUGUUCAGUUCUCUGGUGCUGGGCGUAGGCAGUUUUAUGAUGAUUCUGUCCAAUCCUCUGCACACAGUCUCAUUCUUGAGGGAAAAGUGGUUGUUGCGAAAAAUCCAUGCUUGCAUCCUGGUGAUAUUCGUAUUCUUAAAGCUGUUAAUUUGCCAGCAUUACAUCAUAUGGUGGACUGUGUUGUCUUCCCCCAGAAAGGAAGAAGGCCUCAUCCAAAUGAAUGUUCUGGAAGUGAUUUGGAUGGAGAUAUUUACUUUGUUUGUUGGGACCCUGACCUGAUUCCACCUCAGCAAGACCCACCAAUGGAUUAUGCUCCAGCAUCUACUGUGCAGUUAGAUCAUGAAGUUACAAUUGAGGAAGUUGAGGAGUAUUUCACCAAUUAUAUCGUGAAUGACAGUUUAGGAAUCAUUGCAAAUGCCCAUACAGUCUUUGCUGAUCGGGAACCACUGAAGGCAAGGAGUGAACCAUGUCUGGAGCUUGCACAGCUGUUCUCAAUUGCAGUUGAUUUUCCAAAGACUGGCGUUCCCGCUGAGAUUCCAUCUCAUCUGCGUGUCAAAGAAUAUCCUGAUUACAUGGAAAAGUCCGACAAGCCUAUGUAUGAAUCACGGCAUGUGAUUGGAAAGCUUUUCAGAGAGGUGAAAGAGAUUGCACCACACACAAGCUCUAUCAGAUCAUUUACGAGGGAAGUGGCAAGAAAAGCAUAUGAUACUGACAUGGAAGUAGAUGGAUUUGAGGAUUAUGUUGAUGAAGCUUUUGAUUACAAAAGUGAAUAUGAUUAUAAAUUGGGUAUCUUGAUGGAUUAUUAUGGCAUAAAAAAUGAAGCAGAAAUAUUGAGUGGUGGUAUCAUGAAGAUGUCAAGAUCUUUUGACCGGAGAAAAGAUGCAGAAGCUGCUGGAAUGGCCGUGAGGUCUUUAAGGAAGGAAGCUAGGACCUGGUUCAACAGGAGUGGAGGUCAUUCCGAUGAUCCAUAUGCAAAAGCAUCAGCAUGGUAUCAUGUCACUUAUCAUCAUAGAUUCUGGGGUUGCUACAAUGAGGGACUGAACCGGGCUCACUUCAUUAGUUUCCCGUGGUGUGUUUAUGAUAAGCUGAUUCAGAUCAAAAAAGCCAAAAAAGCAAGCACAAGGAGUUCUCAGCAAAUCUCUUCACUGGAGCUGCAGUUUAGUCAUGGACUGAGAUUGCUUUAAUGAAUAGUUUGGCAUCAAGAAUUUGUGAAUUCGCUUUAAUUUUUUUCGUAACAAGAAGACUUAGCUGCUCUACUUCGGACUAUGCUUCGGCGUGGCUUUCAUUUGUAUCGACUAAGAUACUGAUUAAUAUCUAUUGCUGUAAAUCAAUCGGGUUGUUGAGCAUGUAUAUAUCUAUUGUAAUAUGACAAAUUUGUGUAUUUAGGGAAGUGUAACAAGUACAUCCGAGUCCUGAACUCAGAAACUUGCCUUCUUUUCAUUUUCUGCUCCUCUAACAGGAGUUAGAUGCCCUAUUCUGAAAUUCAUUUUAUUUUGGUAA